AUGGCUGUCAUUACCCCUUUUCAGACCCUCUUCGCCGUGCCCAUGACCUGUGAGGGCUGCGCCAAGGACAUCUCGAGCGCCCUGCACAAACUGCCAGGCAUCACCAAAGUGGAAGCGAAUGUCAAGGAUCAGUUGGUAUCAAUCGAGGGGACAGCGGCACCUUCCGCCAUCGUUGAUGCCAUUCAGGCCACUGGGAAAGACGCCAUCUUACGAGGGUCAGGUACUUCAAACAGCGCCGCGGUCAGCAUUCUCGAGACAUACCAUCACAAGCCAGACGCGGAGGUGACGCCUGCCGGAGUCCCCGGCGAGAGCUGGGUGAACGAGAGGUUAGUCAGGGGCUUGGUGAGGAUGGUGCAGGUCAGCCCAACCGAGACCCUGGUCGACCUGACUGUCCGCGGAGUGCCACCGGGGACGUAUCGCGCUACCAUCCGGGAGUACGGAAACCUCAAGGAUGGCGCGUCGUCAGCAGGGCCCGUCUGGUCAGCGCAGAGCAAGGAGGGUGGCCCUCCCCGCGGAGUCCUGGGGACCGUGGAGAUUGGGCCGAAUGGGUACGGGAAUACGUUUAUCAAUCACCCCUUCCAGGUGUGGGAGGUUAUCGGCCAUGCGCUGGUGGUCUCACCGCAGUCUAGCCCGUGGGGGUUUCCCAGGUUAGAUCGUCUGGGCUACGGUCGUAUUGCGGCAGUCGUAAAGGUUUGGGGUGGUGCAGCAGGAUCACCCAGACUUGGGCAUGCCGCUCGAGAUGAUCACGGGAUAGCGCCGACGUGCUUGUUUCGAAGGUACACAGUCUAG